AAUCCAGUUAGCUUAGUAAAUAAAACUGUAAACUGUGUCAAAGCAUUUCGUCAGUCUCAAAAGUCGUAUAUACACCUCAAAAUACAAAGAAUCCCGAGAAUAAUCCAAGGCUCUCCUCAUUUGUUGCUGCAUAAGUGUUCGUAUUCGUAUUUUAUCCCCUGACCAUGGACCGUGUCUUCGGUAAUGUCGAGUACAAGUUCAAGGCCUUGACGAAAGAUGGCAAGGGACUGGCCCUGAAGCUCACCGGAUUCUACGCUGUUGGCUGGACCCUGCGCAAACUGGUCAAGUAAGGGAUGUGCCUGCAUUGUUAAACGUUCCCCUGUUUCGUGUGCCCCAUUUUAAUGUGCAAAUUCAGUGUCAAUGUCAACAAAAAUAAAUUUUGG